AUGUCUGCUAAUCUCUCAAACUCAGAUAACACUACUGGGGAAAUCAGUAGUGUGCAAAGACCCUUGAGACAGAAGAGAGAUAUCAGCAAGGUUGAUGGAGAAAAUCAUCAUACCUCAUUAGAGAGAGAAAGAAGGAAGAAGAUAAGGUUGCAUCUGAGAGAACUUCAAGAUUUGGUCCCUUCUGUUCAUCACAUUAGGGCAGACCAGGCAACCAUUGUUGAAGAAACUAUUAAGUACAUUAAAACCCUAGAAGAUGUUGUUGAGAAGUUGGAGAAAAUAAAGAGAGAGAGACUCCAAUCUGCCUCCAAUAAUAAUUCUGCUUAUCCCACAGCCAGCCAAGGACCUCCCUCCAUGGCCACUACUCAUCAACUCACAUCAGUUCCACAAAACCCCAAAGGGUUUCAAACUUGGGUUUUUCCAAAUGUGGUAGUGAACAUUUGUGGGGAAGAAGGUCAGUUCAGAAUGUGCUAUCCCAACAAGCCAGACCUCUACGGCGACAUCGUUUGUGUUCUUCACAAGUAUAACAUUCAGGUUUUGUGUGUCACCAUCUCAACUGAUGAUUAUAAAACCUCGUACAAGAUUCAAGCACGUGCAAAUAAGCAGAAUUCGGAUCCAAUUUCAGAGGCAUUUUCAGUGGAGGAAGCAUUCAAGAGAGCGGCAAGAGACGUAUAUCUUCUCUCUCCUAUGUGA